AUGGCUAUUUUUCCAGUGCUGAUCGUCGCUGGCCCCCUCUCCGUCAUCAACCAUGCCACCCAUCGCACUUCCGGAAAGCCGUUCGCCAUCAAGACCAUCGACCUCCAGAAAUAUGAGCAGAGCACGGGACUGUCGAGGGCGGCCAUCGAGGAGGAGAUGGAACUCUGCGCCACCCUCAAGCACCCGUUCAUCUAUGUGCGACCGCACAAUUUGGUGUUGGCAAGCAAAGACAACAGCGCCCCCGUCAAAUUGACCGGCUUCGGCGUCGCCAUCAACGGCAACAAUGAACAAAUCUAUGAGGCUAUACAAAAUGGGAGGUAUUCGGUCAGCGGCGGAAUCUGGAACUUCAUCUCCAAUUCGGCGAAGGAUCUGUUAAUAAGAUUGUUGAACCGUGACGAAGAGCAGCGAUUUUCGGCCACCGAAGCUUUGCAACACGAUUGGUUACGGGACAAGGAAGCCUACGCACCUCGACGCCAUCUCCAGGAAACUGUCGACCAUAUCAAGCGGUACAACGCGAGGCGGAAAUUGAAGAGCACCAUCUUGGCCGCCGUCAACACCGACAAGUGGUCAAAAUUUCCCGGAACCAAUGGAGGGCUGUCGGCGUCGAGUUCGACGUUUUUCUCGGGUGACCUACCCGGCGGCGAUUCGUGCCAUCCAGAUGGCUGUACAAAAGCCUCACAACCAGCAGCAGCAGAUUUGAGGGGAGCUCAUCAGAUCCUGGAAUCGCUCGACCGGAUCGCCGUCCUAACCGACUCGCCCGUGCUCCCGCAGCUCGUCCAGGGGCAGUUGAUGGAGGACGGGUCUUUUCGGAAGCUGCUGCAG